AUGCAUGGAAAUCCAGAAUCUACUCUCGUAGAUACAAGGUUUCUUGUAUCGUUCCUCUUGAUUGUACUGAAGGGUUUUGAUGGCCCAUGGUAUGGAUUUUUCUUCAGAUUUGUGCUACUUUUCUCUUAUAUCGUCCCAAUCAGCUUGAGAGUCAACCUCGAAAUGGGUAAAGCGUUCUACUCGUGGACGAUACAACGCGACAAGCGAAUUGAAGGCACGGUUAUGCGGUCGACUACAAUACCAGAGGAGCUCGGCAGAAUACAAUACCUGCUGGCUGACAAAACGGGCACGCUUACUAAGAACGAGAUGGUGUUCCAGAAACUUCAUCUGGGAAAUGCACUCUUCGACAGAAACAAUUUCCAUGAGAUAGAAGCAUUCCUUACCCAAUUCGUGACGAACGACGCCCCGUCGCUGCCAACGUCCCCUAGCGGCCAACAGGGGGAGGUGUUGGCACCGACACCGCGCCAGAUAUGGGAAGUGGUGCUGGCAAUAGCGCUCUGCCACAACGUGACGCCGGUCUACGACAUCGAAGACCAGAGAGCUGACGAGGCGCAAUCCGACAUGGGGAGCUCGAUGAUGUCGGAGAGCUGCGGCGGUGCGGUGCCCCAGCAGCAGCUCUGCGACUACCAGGCGGCCAGCCCCGACGAGGUGGCCCUCGUCAAGUGGACGGACAUGAUGGGAGUGUCGCUGUAUAGGAGAGAUCUGCACAAUAUAUCUCUGAAGCUGCGUGCGGCUAAUGAGAUAAUGCAAUUCAACAUACUGCAGGUUUUCCCCUUUACCAGCGAGAGUAAAAUGAUGGGCAUUAUAGUGCAGGAAGAGAACACGGGCGCCAUAACCUAUUACGUGAAAGGCGCGGAUGUGGCCCUGUCGAAACUUCUGCACUCCUCGUGGCUGAGCACCGAAUGCAACAAGCUGGCGGCCGAUGGCCUCAGAACGCUCGUUGUAGCCAAGAAGACCAUGUCCAAGAAUGAAUAUCUGGAAUUCGAGAGCGAGUACAAGGAGGCGCGCCUGAGCGUGACCAACCGCAGCGAGAGGACGGCGGCGGCGCUGGCGCGUCUGCAGCGGGGCCUCGCGCUGCUGGGGCUGACGGGCGUCGAGGACAGGCUGGCGGAGGACGUGCCGCGCACGCUGGCGAUGCUGAGGCAGGCCCACGUCAAGGUGUGGAUGCUGACAGGCGACAAGCUGGAGACGGCGUUAUGUAUCGCCCGCUCUCUGCAGCUGGGCGGUGGUUCCAGGUGGCUGGUGGCCAGCGAGUGCAGCACGCGGAGGGAUGCUCACGCCCUGCUCAACGCCAUCGACCGCGCUGAAGACGGCACCGACCUGAUCAUCGAAGGCGAGACCCUGGAGGUGUGUCUGCGGGCGUACGAGGAGGAGUUCGUGGGGGUGCUGCAGCGCUGCGCGGGCGUGGUGGUGGCGCGCUGCUCGCCCACGCAGAAGGCGCGCGUGGCGCGGCUGCUGCGGGCGCGGGGGCACGUGGUCGCCGCGGUCGGCGACGGCGGCAACGACGUAGCGAUGAUACAGGAGGCCGACAUUGGCGUGGGUAUAGAGGGCGCGGAGGGGCGAGCCGCUUCGCUGGCGGGCGACGUGAGCGUGCGCGCGUUCGGCGGCGUCGCGCGGCUGCUGCUGGUGCACGGGCGGCGCGCCGUCAUGCGCUCCGCCGCGCUCUGCCUCUUCAUCGUGCACAGGGGCCUCAUUGUGUCCACCAUGCAGGCUGUCUUCUCCGUGGUGUUCUACUUCUCGUCGCUGUCGCUCUAUCCGGGAUUCCUUAUGGUCGGCUACGGAACUGUUUUCACUAUGCUACCAGUCUUCUCUCUGGUUCUAGACAAGGACAUUCCAAGUACAACGGCUCUUAGAUACCCUCAGCUGUAUCGGCAGCUUUCCAAAGGGAGGCAGCUAUCCUACAAAACGUUUUACAUAUGGGUCAUAAUAUCAAUCUAUCAAGGCGGUGUGAUCAUGUAUGGGGCAUUGGUUCUGUUCGAGGACCAGUUAAUCCACAUAGUGGAGAUCAGCUAUACGGCGCUGAUCCUCACCGAACUGAUCAUGGUCGCCCUGACGGUGGUCACCUGGCACCGGCUGAUGGUUCUGGCUGAACUCCUCAGCCUCGCCAUGUACACCGCCACCCUGCUCAUAUUCACCACAUACUUUGACGGAGAUUUCAUCCGACAUUGGGACUUCUGGUGGAAGGUGACGACAAUAACACUGGUUUCGUGCAUGCCGCUAUACAUCGUCAAACACAUGCACCGGAAGUGGAGAGACCGCCAGUGCAUGGGGGACAUGUUGUGGGUCGAUUUUACA